AUGGUGAUAUCCGCUGGCCAUGGUUGCAGGAAGGGGGGAAGUGACUCGGGCGCCAUAGUCAAGACGGACGUCGAGGGGAAGGUCAAGCGUCAGCUCGACUCUCCGUUUCCUACAAACUCUGCCAGACGCGCCCGUUCCCCUCCUCUGCCAAACGGAAAUGACGCUCAGUCGAGCUCGUACACGAAUCCGACUCGCCCGCUGCAGAUAAACCGGCCCCCUUCCCGUCCCACAACGCCGAGCAAUGGCUCGAUAGCUUCGCGCAACGGGCUCCCCAGCGGUCCCUCUCGUCCUCAACGAUCUGAGCUUAGAAGCCGACAAGGUUCCGACUAUUACUCUGCGUCUGAACAAGCAUCCACGUCGUCUCUCCAUAGUGGCUACGAUGCACGAGACCGGCGGGACAGUGUCACAACCACCCGCUCGGACGCCUCGUACCCAUCCCGAUCGCGACGCCCUGAGCGCGCUAUGACAGGAAGUAGUAUGCAAUCCGAGGAUGCUGACGCGGCGAGCCCGUCUCUGGCCAAAGUCAUGUCUGCCUUUCAGACUGCCGGUGCAAGAAAACGUGCUAUGACGAACGGGAGUGCCGACACGGAAUGGGAGAGGGAGCGAGAGAAAGCCAUUGAGGCUGAGAAGAUCAGACAGAAGAGGAUAAGGGAUAAGGGCAUGAGGUUGAAUGGCAAAGCCAAAGCAGGUGACAUCGAUGCUGUCUUAGAUCAAAUCAAAGACGACUGGGAGUUUGUUAUCGACCCCGAUUUCAAUCCCGUGGAUCUUGCGCUCCAGCUGUUGGAUGAAUCAUCUACCGGGAAAGAUAUCGACUCCUUCCGCCGCACAAAGGAUUUGCUCUCGAGAGCGCUGAAGGGAUCAGUAGACAAGCACUAUGAAGCCUUUGCUGCAUCUCUUCCGCAUCACGCGUCCUUGUUAAGUCACCUAGGACUGGUCCAGACACAAAUAUCAGAUGCACGAACAGCGUUACAAGAAGCGAAGGAUUCCCUUGGGACGAAACGUAGCGACCUUGUUCAGCUAUGGACCAGAGGCCAGACGGUGGACGAAAUGUUACGGAUAUUGGAUCAGAUUGAACAUCUCAAAUCAGUCCCUGACGUCCUGGAGACGCUAAUGUCCGAGAAACGGCUGCUUCAAGCUUCUGUUCUCCUCAUAAGAAGUUUGAAAAUAAUUAAUAAGCCGGAUAUGCUCGAAAUCGGUGCCCUGUCUGAUCUGCGAAGCUACCUCGUGGGACAGGAAACAGCGAUUCGAGAUAUUCUAAUCGACGAGUUACACAGCCACCUGUAUCUGAAGUCAUUCUGGUGCGAGUCGCGCUGGACCUCCUACACACCUGGGCAGCAGACUUCCCGAUAUCUCCAGGACCUUGCAUUACGGCCGAAUGACCCGCCUUACGACUUAAGUGAGCCGAACUUUCGGAACAGUAGCGGCCUCGCGGCCUCGCCUUCUCUAACUGUGCUCUCGGGACUUGUGUCUUCGAAUUCCAUGGACGCGAUCUUGCAGUCGAACCAGCAGAAUCCCGAGUCUGACUCGUUCUCAUAUAUCGAGACACUCCUGGAAUCUCUGGCUGUUCUCGGGAAACUGGGGAAUGCUCUCGAUGUGGUUGCUCAGCGCUUGCCGGGCGAGAUAUACUCGCUGGUCGAGGCCACCCUUGACGAAGUAGCCGAGAGAGCAGAGUAUGGCCGCAGGUCCUCGCUUGCCAUUGGCGCGAAUAUGAGUCGACCGGAUGGCGUAUACGUAUUUUCUGGCAUGUCUAACCUCGGCGCGACUAUUUCUAUGACCACAUUGUCCGUUACUGGACCUAUGAAAGGCUCCUUCAUCAGCCCUUCGUCCCUUAGACUGGCCGCGCUGGAGUCUUCGUCGAAGCAAGUAGACCAUGAAAUCCUGAGAGAUCUAUUUUGGACGUUGUAUUCCAAGUUCGAUGCAGUUAGCCAAGGACUGAGGGUCGUCUAUGAAGUAGCAAACCGGAUUGGAUCUCGAAGGGACUUCAAAGAUUCAUCUGAGACAAAGCCCGGUAAUCUCUUUCCGAUUGCUGAGGUCUGGGCACCUUUGCAAGCUGAGAUGCGCACACUAUUGAAUGACUACCUCAAUGAUGAAGAGCACGGGUCCGUCUCCGGGCGAAAUCCUAUCUCCUCCAUCAACGAGAUACUACGUGAGAACAGGUUCUCGAGAGAUAAAGGGAAGCCUGUCUUCCGGUUCGCAGAUACUGAUAUGAAAGCAGCUACCAAGACUUUAAGACACUACGAGGAUGAUUUGACUCGCGUCUUGCGUGACACGGUUCCUGGGCUCGUUCAUGGGUCAUCUGAGAAUGCAACCCAAUCAACAUUGUCAAACGUUGGGGCGUCCGACGACCGUCUUUUAGGCUCGGGACAACACCACAGGCUCCUCAUCAAGCCCGACGCUUUCCAUGUCAGCGUGUUAUUCCAGCCCACCCUUGCCUUCUUGGAGCGGUUGGCUGAAGUGCUGCCAUCUGGCUUGGAGAGUGCCAGAGCGUCGAGCGCGGUCCUUGAGGAAUUCGUGCUGAAGGUCUAUCUACCCCAGCUGGAAGAGAAGGUCUCUGAGCUCUUCCACCAAUCAGUGACAGGACCUGACGCCUUCCGGCCUGACCCUACAUCUCUGAAGUUAUCACCGCAGCCGCUUGUCAAGGCGAGCACCGAACUGAUGGCUCUCAUCAACUCACUAUGCAACAUGCUCCGUACAACUCCUUUCCAUCGGGAGAAUUAUGCCCGUUUGAUACUUACGGUCAUCAUCCAGUUCUAUCAGCGGUGUAGCGAUCGAUUCCAGGAUUUAAUAUCCUUGCGAGCCUCAUCUUAUGACGGGGAACCUCGUAUCGCUCUGGCUGCUCAGUGGGCUCAGAGGAGUGAAUUAGCGCCUUGCCUGUCUGAACUCAUGGGUGUAGCAAGUACCGACGUGGCUAAGAAGCUGCAGCUAUGCAGACAGGAGACGCACCUUGAAAUCUGGCAGAUCCUAAACGACCAGACUGUUAGCAAGGAUGACCUAAUAUCUCCUCUGCGGAAUCUAUCUUCCCUUGGAACAUUGUACCACAGUAUAACGUGGCUAGCGAGUGAACUGACCAAGCUGAAGUCUGCCCCGGAGGACACAUAUUCACCAACAACACCUUUGAAGCUCGAACCUGUUUCCGCAGCCACCCCUUACACGCCGUACCUCCCGAUACUCCCGUCCCUGCAGCAGACGGAUGAGCUGACACUCCCCCUUUCUCGAGAAAUGGCACUUCGCUUCCAAGCGCUGUUGAAGACGUACGAUCAACUGAGCGAACUGAUGCUGUACUCUAUGCGCAUAGACGUCAGGUGUCGGACUAUCCACUAUCUUGAUAUGUCAAUGCGAGAGGGUAACUACGUCCUGGAUGAAGAGCCCAGGGAACCUGAUGCCUAUGUUGUCGACCUCAAUAAGGAACUGGUUGAAUGCGAGGAAUUUAUCACCAGCUCCCUACCACCAGCCCAGCAAUUCUUCGUUUUCGAGGGCCUUGGACAGCUAAUGGAGCACCUCCUCAUUUCCAAUGCUCGGCAUAUACAUCGUGCAAACGCUUUCGGUAUCCGCAAAGUUCUUCGUAAUAUGAUCGCUCUGCAGCAGAAUCUUCGGUCGCUCACCGGUGCUUCACCUGACAUCGAAUUCACUCGUGCGAAGCGAUACUACUCGUUGUUCUUCAUAUCGCCAUCCGAUAUGCUGGAUAGCAUUCGUCAAAAGCAAUCAUAUAACUUCGACGAAUAUAAGACCAUGCUGGGUUUGCAAUGUGGCGUUGAUCCUACUUUGGGUGAAGCUGGGAUCGCCAAAGCAACAGAUCGCAAUUACAAUAUGUACGUUAUCGAUUUACAUGGACUGGAGCUGGAGAAUUCAAGCGAAGACGGUUGA